AUAAAAGUAAAUAAAGUUACAAGUUGUCUCCAUUGCUGGUCUUAUAUAUAGAUUGAAUAAAUAGGUUAGUUGUAGCAGCUCAAUCAUAAACUCUCAACAUCUAUCUAACCAUCAAAACUAUUUUCAAUAUAGCAUUCAUGAGUUCCCUCGACUACCGUCCUCCUUCUUUCAUAUGCCUUGUCGUAAAAAACAAAGCAGACUAUUGGUUCCCAAAGAAAACCGUUGGGGAGACAACUUAUUUCAUCAUCGACAAUUCUUACAUCUCUGAUGUUCAAUACGAGAACACUUCAAAUUCUCACCAUCUCCAACCGGUUCUUGGAUGCAACAAUAAAGAAGGCGAACGAAGCGACCAGUACUGCUGGGCUUGUAGAAGUUAUAAAAUUGAAAACCAGAGUUUUCCACUAUACAUAAUCCAGAAAGGCAUGAGCAUACCCUCCAUUACUUUCCAAGAAAAGCACCACUUACUUGCGAUGUUUGUGCAUCUGAUGAUACCAAAAGUUGCUUCUACUCUUGUCUUCAAUGUGAUUUUAUUGUCCAUAGAAGAUGUAUCAACUUGCCACACGUCAUACGAAUAUCUUGUCACAACCACCGUCUUUCUUUUACCAGUUCUCUUCCUUUCGGAAAUUCUUGGUUUUGCGGAGUUUGUCGCCGAAAGAUGGAUGAAAACUAUGGAUCAUAUUCUUGCACAAAGAAUUGCGCCUAUGCAGUGCACACUAACUGUGCUACUUUGCUCGAUGUAUGGGCUGGUAAAGAACUCAAGGGCCAAGCAGAGCUGGAAGAUGACAAUAUUAAGCCGUCGUUUGAGAAGAUGGAUGAUGGGAUUAUACGACAUUUUAGGCAUGCGAACCAUCGCAUGAGACUUAUUGAAGAUAUUGAAGGAGUUUUUGAUGCAAAACAACAAUACUGUCAAGCGUGCAUACUUCCUCUUUAUGAUGGUAAUGUUUAUACAUGUAUGGAAUGUGAUUUUGUUCUUCAUGAAACAUGUGCAAAUCUUCCUCGUAUAAAACAUAUUGAACAUCGCCACCGA